AUGUCGUCUAAGCACUUCAUCAACGACCCAACCAAGUUGGUCAAUGACGCACUCUUUGGCAUCACCCUUGCCAACCCCGCAGUCGCUCUCGAUGCCGACAACAAGACCAUCUACCGCCGGCCAAAUCUCAAUGGAAGCAGUCAAGUCUCCCUUCUAAGUGGCGGUGGUUCUGGCCACGAGCCCUCCUUCGCUGCAUUCGUGGGAGAUGGCUUAUUGAGUGCGGCCGUCGCUGGCACCAUCUUUGCAUCUCCCAAUACAGAGCAGGUUCGCAAAGCAGUCAUGGGUCUUGUGGACUCAACUCGAGGCGUUCUUGUAAUCGUCAUGAACUAUACGGGCGAUGUUCUCAACUUUGGCGUGGCUGUCGAGCAAGCCAAGUCUGCCGGUCUCAACGUUGAAAUGCUGGUGGUUGCUGAUGACGUCGGCGUUGGUCGUCAGAAAGCCGGCAAAGUAGGACGUCGGGGAAUUGCUGGAACUGUGCUUGUUCAGAAAAUCGCCGGAGCUCUCGCAGCACAAGGUGCUGACCUGGCAGAGGUUCACAGAAUCGGCAGACUGGCUGCGGAUAAUCUGGUCAGCGUUGGUGCCAGCUUGGAACAUGUGCAUGUCCCUGGUCAUGUUGCUGCUCAUGCGGACGACGGACUUAAACUUGGUGAAGUUGAGCUGGGCAUGGGUAUCCACAACGAGCCUGGGUCUGGCAAACGCACAGCCGAUUUACCUGAACUCGUGACAGCAAUGCUAGCACAAUUGUUGGAUCAAAGUGACAAGGACAGAGCAUUCCUUAGCAUCAAGUCGUCAGAUGAAGUGGUGCUCCUGGUUAACAACCUUGGUGGUGUUAGCGUUCUCGAGAUGGGAGGCAUCACCACCGAGGUCGUGACUCAGCUCAAGGGGCAAUACGACAUCCGUCCCGUACGAAUCUUGAGUGGCACCUACAUGACCAGUCUGAACGGUCUGGGAUUCAGUAUCUCGCUCCUCAAGGUUGCCGAUACAGGCAUCAAUGGGUCUACGAUGAUCCAAUUGCUAGAUGCUCCUUCGGAGGCUACAGGUUGGUCCGCCCCCAUCUCUACACAGACAUGGGAGGCAAAAGUCCAAUCAACCCGAGAGUAUAAGGAGGCGCCUAUAAGAAAAGUUCAACCAACUGGACUGAAGCUAAACCCUGCAACUGCGAAAGCGGCACUGGUGAGGGGCCUGGAGCGGGUAGUCGCAUCGGAGCCGGAAAUUACCAAGUACGACGAGGUUGUGGGCGACGGAGACUGUGGGUUUGGCUUGAAGCGCGGUGCUGAAGCUAUUCUUACGUUUCUGGCACAAAGAAAAUUCUCUGGCGAUGCAGUUGUCGAUGUAGCAGAUAUUGUGCUUCUUGUUGAGAAGACAAUGGAUGGCACAUCCGGCGCUCUGUAUACCAUUUUCUUAAAUGCUUUGGUUCGCUCACUCGCCGCUAUUCCUCCUGGUGAAGCCACAUCACAAGUCUGGGCUAAGGCACUGGAACAGAGCUCUGCAGCCAUGUCAAAGUAUACAAGCGCAAGGCCUGGCGAUCGAACGCUGGUCGACGCUUUGUAUCCUUUUAUUGAAGUGCUGGGCAAGACUGGAGAUGUAAAAGAGGCAGCAAAAGCCGCGAGCCUCGGCGCGGAGAAAACAAAGGGUAUGAAGGCCAGUCUGGGACGCACGGUUUACGUCGGAGGGACUGGAUUCCAAGAAUUCCCUGACCCCGGUGCUUGGGGCUUGCGAUGCUUCUUCCUUGGGCUUGCUGGAAUUGAGUCUACCAACUCUGUAUAA